GGGGCGCGCAGGGGCGCGGCGUUCGGGCUCCGGGCGUUCAGAGCUGCGGGAGCCGAGACGGGAAAGCGGGAUGGCGACGGCAGCGAGCGAGGCGCGCCGGGUGCUGGUGUACGGCGGCAGGGGCGCGCUGGGCUCCCGUUGCGUGCAGGCGUUCCGGGCCCGCAACUGGUGGGUGGCCAGCAUCGACGUGGUGGAGAACGAAGAGGCCAGUGCCAGCGUCGUCGUGCGAAUGACAGACUCGUUCACUGAGCAGGCUGACCAGGUGACUGCUGAGGUUGGAAAACUCUUGGGCGAAGAGAAGGUGGACGCAAUCCUUUGUGUGGCUGGAGGAUGGGCUGGGGGCAAUGCCAAGUCCAAGUCUCUCUUUAAAAACUGUGACCUGAUGUGGAAGCAGAGCAUGUGGACAUCGACCAUCUCCAGCCACCUGGCCACCAAGCACCUCAAGGAAGGAGGCCUCCUGACGUUGGCUGGGGCCAAGGCCGCCCUGGAUGGGACCCCAGGGAUGAUCGGCUACGGCAUGGCCAAGGGCGCCGUCCAUCAGCUCUGCCAGAGCCUUGCGGGCAAGAACAGCGGCAUGCCGCCCGGCUCCGCGGCCAUCGCGGUGCUCCCGGUUACCCUGGACACCCCUUUGAACAGGAAGUCGAUGCCCGAGGCCGACUUCAGCUCCUGGACGCCCUUGGAGUUCCUCGUCGAAACCUUCCACGACUGGAUCACAGAGAAAAACCGGCCCAGCUCGGGGAGCCUCAUCCAGGUGGUAACGACGGAGGGGAAGACGGAGCUCACGCCAGCGUAUUUCUAAGCCCCUUCCGGUGCCUGUGAGGGGCUGCCGAGGAGGCAGUGAGUCUCGGGGCGGCCGCGUCUCCGCCCGUGUUUUUGGUCGUCCUGACUGCGGCUUGAGAUACCGAGACCUAUUUUUCUCUCACCUAAUGUGCAUUUGCUCCCCUAAAACAGUGUUAAAUGUUCAUGUGAAAUAAAAAGCGUGUGGGAGGAGGC